AUGGCCCUCGCGGCCGUCGAAGAGCCCGAGCACAUGGUGUGCGCGUCGACGGCGGCGGCCAAGGACGCGAUCCUGCACCGCAUGUGGGCCCACAUCCAGUCGACGGGCGAAGAAAACGCGUUCUACGUCGUCGACACGGCGGCGAUCGAAGAGCGCUACAACCUCUGGAUGCAGCACCUGCCGUUCGUCAAGCCGUACUAUGCGGUCAAGUGCAACCCGGACCAGCGCAUUCUCUCGACGCUUGCGCGCCUCGGCACGGGCUUCGACUGCGCAAGCAUGGCCGAGGUCAACGACGUGCUCUGCGCCGGUGUCGACGCCAGCAACAUCAUUUACGCCAACCCGUGCAAGCAACCGUCGCACAUUUCGUUCGCGGCGACCACCGGCGUCAACGUCAUGACGUUUGACGGCUGCGACGAGCUCACCAAGAUGAAGAAGCUCCACCCGGACGCCAAGGUCGUCCUGCGCCUCUUUGUCGACGACUCGCACUCGCAGUGCCCGCUUGGCACGAAGUUUGGCGCUGUUCUCAACGACGUGCCCGCGAUUCUGCGCCACGCCAAGGCCAUCGGCUCCAACGUGGUCGGCGUCUCGUUCCACGUCGGCAGUGGCUGCUUCAACGUCUCGGCCUACUCGGACGCGGUGCUCCGCGCGCGCAAGGCGUUCGACAUUGGGGCGAGCCUUGGCUUCAACUUUGAGCUGCUUGACAUCGGCGGUGGCUUUCCCGGCGACGAAACGGCGCCGGUCGCCUUUGAAGACAUUGGUCGCGAGCUCAACAAGUCGCUGAGCGAGCACUUUCCCGUCUCGUCGGGCGUCCGCAUCAUCUCGGAGCCAGGUCGCUUCUUUGCGGCCGCCAGCCACACGCUCGCCGUGAACGUGAUUGCGCGCAAGCUCGCACCAAACUCGCUCGCGGCGCUGACGCCGUCGGGGUCGUCGCCGCUCAAGGCGUCGCAAGGCAAGCGCGGGCUCCACGGCAGCGUCGACCCGUACUACAUGUACUUUGUCAACGACGGCCUCUACGGGUCGUUCAACUGCCUCUUGUACGACCACGCGGUCGUGCAUCCCAAGGCGCUCACGACCCAUUUGGGGCCCGACGUGCGACGGCCUCGACUGCAUCGCCAAGGCAUCAAGAUGCCGGUCAUGGACAUUGGCGACUGGAUGUACUUUGCCAACAUGGGCGCGUACACGUCGGCUGCCGGCUCGCACUUUAACGGCUUUGUGCCGCCCCAAAAGGUCUACUUCGACUCGACCGCCAACGACGACGAGUAG